AUGAAAAAGACCAGAGCUGUACAACCAUGGUUACGUGGUGGCAUCUCGCUAUGGGACAUCCAACUUCGUAACGAUGCCCAACACGUGUGGAUAUUCAACAGAUUCCUACUUUCAUCCUCUGAUCCUUCCAAACUUUCAGGUGGUCAACGAUUCGAUUGGACUAUGGAAGACGCGUAUCAGUUGGUUAGAAGAAAGGACAACAUCACUACUCUCGUUUCACUUGUCUUUCAUCAAAUCUGGAAAUUCUAUUGUAAAUCCUAUUUUGGCGGUACUCCUCUCCACGAUAACAACCUACUAUCUAAUGAAUCUAUCAUUAAUGAAUAUAUACAGCACUUAUCAGUAAUGAAAUUAAUUAUAAAUAACAGUAUCAUGGUUCUUGACUCUCUUAGUGAUGAGCACGAUCUGGUCGAUCUAGGUCAGACUGUCGACAUUCCCACGUACCGUUCGCCAAUUACCGGAAUCGCUAGACGUAUUGAUAGAGCUUAUGCUAAAAGCAGUCUAUUAAACAACUCCUUCAAGGUUGCUCCCAACGCUCUCUCAGAUCAUGCGAUACUUUCAUUUAACAUCCCUACUGGUAAUUCCUCUAAGCUUCCACCCACACCUUGGGGACUGGACAGAUACACUGCUAUGGAAACUGUAGUUAAGUAUGAGAUAGAAUCUAUUCUCUCGUCCUGUGUCAUCUCUUUGUUAAAUGUCUGGUUGUCUCACACCUUCCCCAUCAACCACAAGCGCACUGGUCACGUCUGUGAGUUCUGUGGUGACACCUUCACUGAACUCUGCAACCCACAUGAGCACUUCUUCUUCAAAUGCAGGAAUGAAGUUUCACAGCAGUUCCUAUCCUUCUUCAAAAAUGUAUACCACAAGUACUCUAUA